AUGGCCAUGCAGCUCGAACAGCACAGGCGCACAGACUCAGCGCAUGGAAUCCUUCACCACAACUCCAAGCCCAAUGAAGCGUUCUUGUCGACCAGCGGAGCUGCCAAGCAAUCUUCCCAAGCUUUUCUUCUAAGCGGAUACGACGAGGAACAGGUCCGUCUUAUGGAAGAGUCAUGCAUCGUUGUCGACGCCAACGAUAAUCCUCUGGGUGCUGCUAGCAAGAAGGACUGUCAUCUCAUGACCAAAAUCAACGAUGGGCUCCUCCAUCGUGCUUUCUCUGUCUUCCUAUUCGAUAGUGAGAAUCGAUUGCUACUGCAACGAAGAGCAUCGGAAAAGAUCACUUUCCCGGACAUGUGGACCAAUACCUGCUGCUCCCAUCCUCUGAGCGUGGCGGCCGAACAGGGAGAUGGCAUGACUUUGAGCUCCGCAGUGCAAGGCGCCAAGUGCGCAGCCGUGAGGAAGCUGUUGCAGGAGCUUGGUAUCCCAACAUCAUCUCUUGAGCUUGACUCCAUUAAAUUCCUUGGGCGGAUUCAUUACAAAGCUGCCAGUGACGGCCUUUGGGGGGAGCAUGAGAUCGACUACAUACUGUUUGUCAAAGCAGAUGUUACCAUUGACGCCAACCCCAACGAGGUCCGAGACUGGAAAUACGUGACAAUGAGCGAGCUCGAGUCGGCGAUGAAUGACGAAAACGCUCAAAGUUUGUUCACGCCCUGGUUCAGAUUGAUUUGUGAUGACACACUAUUCCAAUGGUGGAAGUUAUUGCAAGAAGACAGAUUAGACGAGCUUAGAGGGCCAUCUGAAAUUCGAAGACUGGGGUCGAGGACUCCAUGGGAGCCGACUUGGCCUCGAAGGGGAACAUUGAGGAGGGGUGAGGACUAUUAA